CAAAUGCAGAAGAGUAUUAUACACAUCAGAUUCAGGAAAAAUGGAUUUCUUUAGAGAACUUCGGGGUAACCAGGGUAGAGAAGAGGAAGAGGGUGUGAUUUCAGUGGAACCCAUUGCGAUGAUAAUGCCAUUGGAACUACAAGAUUUGCCAGAAACUAUUACGCCAGAGAGCAACGAUGGUGCCAGCGCACAUGGUGACUCUACUAGUCACCAUUUUGUAGCCUCUAAAGGUUUGUCUUCAGAGGGGACGUCUAGUGAGGUGGGAGAUGAGGGAGAAAGCGCUAGCAGUUCUUCCAUGGAGCUUGUGGAGGCAGGUGUGCCUAUAUUUACAAAGUGGGAUGGUAAAACUGUCAGUAGAAGGUUGAGCAAUAUUCAGAAAGCACCAAAAAAUCUACCCGCUGGAUUCAAGUUCAAGGCAGCGCUCUAUCAUGAGGUAGCAAAUAGUGCGGCUACCAUUAAACGGUACAAAAAAUUGGAGAUGGUGAGACAGUACCAAAUCUCUAAAACAAUUUUGAUACGAAUUGGCAUGAAGAAUGAAAGGGCGUGCUUAGUGUCUGGGAUGGGAUGGGUGCCAAUGUACGUAGAUCAUUUUGACACCUGUCUACAUUUUCCUCUACCCGGGCUAAUUUUUUAUGUUCUGGUAGAGUACGAGCUGGCCCUAACGCAGUUGACCCCCAAUAGCAUAAAGUUUGUUCGAGACAAGGUGGUAUUAUAUCUCCAAGAGGGAGAAGAUGAUUCUUUUUACGAAUAUAAGGAGCAAAGUAGCGACGUGGAAGAGAUAGUUCAUUUAGGAGAAAUGAGCAGCAUACUUGAGAGGGAACAUCAACGAGCUCAAAGCUCGCGUAACCGUGGAGCGAGGUCUAGCUUGCAAUGGCAGACUCGCUUUGACGAACAACCGCCUAUUGCGCCAUCCCGAUUGCAUAACCUAAGGGCUUCAGUUACAUCAAAACUGAUUGCCAAUCUGCCAUGGUGCAAGGCGUUCAGCUACGCGGUCGCACUUUUUGAGUGCGAGCAAGGGGUACGCGGGCAAAAGCGCAAGCUUAAAGAGAGCUGCAAACAGCUGACUUCUAAGAAAGCAAGCUUGGAGGACGAGGUUAGCCGCUUGCAAAGCUUUGAGAUGGCCAAAAAAGCUGCGUCAGCUAAGAGCCAAGCUGACGGGUUGGCCAACCAAGUGAGCGAGCUGAAAGAGGAACUGGAGAAGGCUCGAGCUAAAAGAGACAACGGGAUUCAAGCCAUAAAGGAUGAGGUUGGCUGUGCUAGGGACCAUGCCAAAAGAGUGGAACUUGAGAGGGACAAGGCUCUUUACAAGCUAAACUCCUUAAAGGAGAGGGUGGUUGAAGCCAACUGGAAUGUUGCCUGAGCUAAGGCAUCGCUUGACAAAGUCAAAAAGUCUCACUAGUGCUCUGUAUGCAUUGCACGAGUGUAAGGAGUAGAGUGGUUGGUCGACUCUAAUAUGUUUCAAGACAUUGUGGCAAUCGCCUUAGCAAAUACCACCACAAAGAUCUACAAUGAAAUUCGUGGGAAGGU